GCUUUCUUUUUAGUGAGGGAUGUUGGCUAUUACAAUGGAUGUUGUGAACUUAGUGCGUUGCAAUCUUUAACAGUUUACAGUUGUAUAAGAUUAUUUUGUAUAAAGAAGUAAUUUCUUAUUAGAAACGAUAAACAGUUAUUAUUAAUUCAGUCGUGUGAAAAUCGUUGGAUCGUUGCGUACAAUUUUUACGUAUUCACGAUCUGUUCUAUAUACAUAUAUACAUAUACGUGCAUAUAUAUAUAUAUAUAUAGAGAGAGAGAGAGAGAGAUAUACUUUUCAUCAUAUAGAUAAAGAGAAGAAUCUUUUUCUACCGGUGUAAUGGCCGAUGUAGAAGGAAAGAAGUUGACCGAGCUUCGUGUUAUAGAUCUUAAAACAGAAUUAGAACGACGUGGUUUAGAUAAAACAGGAAAUAAGGCAGCACUUCUUGAACGUCUUUCUAAGGCUAUAUCUGACGAUGGAGAAAAUCCUGAAGAAUAUCUUAUUGUGCCUUGUGGUGGAGUUUGCAAAACUAGUCCAAGGAAAAACAGUGUCACAGGAGUACCCAAUCAAGAUGAUACUUUGGAAUCAUCUGAAAAUCAGAAAGAGGAAAUUGUUGAACCAUUAAAGAAAGAAAAUGUAGAUACCCAAGAUACUAGUAAUGACUUAAAAGCAAAGUCAAAACCAAAACAGUUGUCUGAAGAAAAUCUUGUCGCUAAAAAGGAGGAUACAUCUACUGAUGUUUCUGAUAAUCUUCCGAAAGAAUCGGAAAUCAAGCAAGAAACAAAAACUACAACAGUGAAUAAAACUACACCUGAAAGCACACCAACUAGCGAGAAGAAACCUGAAACUGAGAAGAUAACUACAUCAAAUCAGUCUUCAACUACAGGUGCAGUAGAAGCUAAUGGAAUGGAUAAUGAAGAUUCCAUUAAUUUAACCAUUGGAGAAGAUGAAGAAAAUCUCCUUGCCGAGGAGACUGAAUCCCAUGAUAGGCAUAAGGAUGGAGGUGAGAAGAAGAAAAUGGAAGAAAACAAGAAGGGAGAUUCUAAAGGGAGCGGUAGAGCAGAAGCUGGUGCCAGCAACAAGGAAGGGACAGCGUCUGGUGCAAACGUCGGGAUGAAGAACAAGCAGGAUGGUGGCGAUGGAAGCAAGAGUGUGGAGUCUGGCAGCAAGAGUCAAAAACGGGAAGAUAAAGAUAAGAAGACUUCUCAAAUCGGUCCUGUGAAUGCAAGUAGCAGGAAUUUGUGGGUAUCUGGAUUAUCAUCGAGUACUCGGGCUACUGAUCUAAAGCAAAUAUUUUCUAAAUAUGGAAAAGUGAUAGGUGCUAAAGUUGUUACUAAUGCUAGAACUCCAAGUGCAAGAUGUUACGGAUAUGUUACUAUGUCUACGAGUGAAGAUGCUGCUAAAUGUAUACAACACUUGCAUCGAACUGAAUUACAUGGUCGAGUGAUAUCUGUUGAGAAGGCUAAAGGAGAUUCUCAACAAAGUCAUAUGCGCAAACGUGAUGCAGCAAAUGGAAAGUCAGAAAAGAAAGAAGAAAAGGAUAAGGCUAAAGAUAAUCAUGAAGCUAACGAAAGAAAAGAGAAAGAAGCUAAGAAAGAAGGCGAAGAAAAAGGACCUGAACAAGUCAAGAAGAACGACGAGAAAAAUGAAAAUAUCGAUGCUAAGAAAACUGAACCAAUCGAUAAAAAGGAGGAAAUAUCCAAGGAAUCCGAUUCUCGAUCAACUAAAUCUACCAGUAAGAAACCAGAAAGUGAAAGAGGUCGACGAGAGGAUAAACGAAUUCGUCCAUGGGAGCAUCAUCGUUCUUACAGUCGUUCGCGUAGUCGAGAACGCCGUAGACGUGAUGACGUUCUUACUUUUGCGAAAAUAAGGGAGGAACGUGAAAGACAGAGAUUACGCGAACGUGACAGAAUGUUACGGGAAGAGGAAAGAAGACGACGCGAGGAUAUGGAAAGACAACGAGAAAUCGAACGUAGGCAGAGAGAAGAGGCAGCUCGAUUGGAAAGAGAAAGAGAGAAAUUGAGAAGAGAAAGGGAAAGAAUAGAACAAGAAAAGGCGGAAUUACUUCGUUUAGAGCGAGAACGUCAGAAAUUGGAAAGAGAGAAGUUGGAACACGAAAGAUUGGAAUUAAAGAGACAACAAAUGCGUUUGGAAGAAAGUAGACGUGCUCCACCACCACCUUCAAUCAAAAGAUCAUCCAGCGAUAGAAGGGAUCCUAGAGAUAUGUACGUUGAUCCGGAACGAAAACGUAUGGCUACGGAACAUAGCAGAAGACAUAGUCCGGAUAGAGUUAGUGAUAGAAGAACUGAGAUUAUGGAUCGUGUUUCUGAUAGACGAUUAGAUCCGUCACCACCUACACGCUACGAAUCGAGCAGAUCUACGCAAGAGAUGGGAUUGAAGAAAGAAUUUAAACGCAGUAGUGAAUUUACUUCAAGAAGUAAUCGUCCAGAAACAUUUUCUGAUGUAUCACGUGGAAGAGAAGUUAUCGUACGUCGUGAAUCUCUAUCUGCAGCAUCCUCGUCUAUUGAUCCACGACAAGUUAAAGAAAGAUACGAACGACCCAGUACUACAGCAUAUACUCGUGAACGCGAGGUUCGACGAUCAGAACCGGAGUCUCAUAGAAAUUCUAGGGAUAGUCAUACUCGUUAUAGUGAAAGCUUCAAACCACCGAGCUCGAGUGCACCCCGUAAGUACUAUAAAGAGUACAUACUCGAAAAAUGUCUUUAAUUUCCUGCACACCAUCGGGUCAUAUAUUAAACUCGUAUAGAAUCAUAUUUCUAUGAUCCAUUAUAUGAAGGUUUAUUUUUUUUUAUCUUAUCGACGUUGUAUUAAUAAUCUUACAACUUAAACAUAUAUAAUGGAUUAUCUAUUUUUUUAUUUUUUCAUUCUAUAAGAAGUAUGCACAAAUCUUUAAAUUGAAAAAUUUAUUAUUUUUUUA